AUGUCCCUGCACUCCAUCGACCCGAGCAACCUCGACUGGACGACGCUGCUCGUCACUCUGGGCGCGGGGCUGGCCGCUGCCACGUACUUCCAUCGCUGCGUCUAUCGUGGCGUGCCGCCGGCACUUCCGCCGCCAGGCGGACUGCAAACCAAGGGGACGGUGCAGCUCGAGAGAGGGGACGUCGGAGGGGAGGAGGAGGUAUCGCCCUCCGAGCGUCAGAGCGCAAGAGAGACGGUCAAGCGCGACUAUGGCCGGGCGCUCGCUGCGGGCGGGAUCCACUUGCUGGUGCCUCCUGCACCGCCGGCAGCGCUGCCACCGCCCGCCGACGGCGGCGACCGGGAGGCGGCCUUCGAGGCGGCUCUGGCAAAGGCGUGCGGCGGCGAGGCGCUAAGCGAGGCCACGAUGGUGUCUCUGCUCCUCAAGCUCCAGUGCGCGCCCGCGCUCCAGUCCCACCGCUUCAUCGUCGUCUGCAGCGGCG